GAAACAACCCCGGAGGCAAAACAGAUGUCGAAAGUGCUGUAGCUAGGGUUCGUAAUCUUUCGGUUAAAUUUAUGAUAUUAUAUAUUAAUAUUUGCUACAUCAACAUGGGAAUGUGAAUAAUUCAACACGAUUUUCUUUGUUCGGGAUAAUAUUUUUAUAUUUGAAUCGGCCGUUGUCAGCAGACGUUUGAAUCAAUUUUUACAGUCGACAAACCGAGUUGCACACAGCCAUUUUUGAAGUGUAUCAUCAAUCCUAUCAACUUCUCCACAUGCGUUAAAGCGUCGCUCAUCCAUGGAUCAUUUGUUUGGAGUUAGAGUUAUUUGUACUUUAUAAUCACCUAUGAAGUCUCGACAUUUUCCGAGAUGAGCGCCUCUUGACACACGAGUUUACACCGUGUAUAUUGUAUGUUUCGGACGGAAAUCUACAACACAGAAUGGACCGAUCAAACAAACGGCAGACGUUUGUUCCUGAAAGACCGAGUAGCGCCAUGGUCGCAGAGCCUAAAAACCUUGGGAAAUAUUUACCCCGAGCGACACUGCAAAUCAAGCGAUAUUCCAGCCCUCCCGGCACUCUGCAACUGUCACAGGCAUUUUGUCAACACAAGGACCUACCGCGUGAACGGUAAGUUCGUCAUAACAAAAAUAGUUUUUAGCAUUUGUAAAGUUCUUUCUUGCAAUAUUUGUGUCCUUUAACCGUCAGCGUAGAAAAUAUUGAGCGUCUAGCUCAGCUGUAUCGUUUAUUAACUCGAUUGAAUUGUUUUAGUCAUGUGUGGAAAUUUGCAUGUGUAAUUGUUGUAGUAUUUUAAAAACCUUAAGUUAUAAUACUUCUCAAUUUCAUUGAACAUUAUGUUUGAGACAUAUAUAUUUAGUUGGUUUAGCAUGUUCUUGUCGCCCGGAUUCAAAAAUAAUAAUGUCAACAACUGAUUCGUUUGUGUUUGUGGUUUGCUUUGAACUUGUGGAAUCAAAAUCGUUUUUCAUUGUAUUGUUGCGAGGGUCUAUUGUGACUUAGGCGCUGAGAUUUGUUUACAUUUCACAGUUCCGUUAAUAAGAAGAAUUUACUGUUAAUAUAUAAUAUCUUAAGGUUCGAUAGUGGCGGCAGAUUUUUCUGUCUCAAGUCGUUAACUCGUCCAAAAAUGGUAGAGUUUCUUAAUGCACUUUCCUCUGCAUUGAGUAUACAGCUGAAAUACUAAAAUUAAUCUACAUCCUUUGUCAUAGAAAUCAUCUAGACAAAAGAGACACAUUUACACGCAAAGAACUCACAGCACUUCCUUACGCCUUUGGUAAUUUAGCAAGCAACCUGUUUACGGUAUACUUACGUGACGAAAAAAAACUAGUAGUGGUAAAAAGUUAACAUAGUACAAAGCAGUACUUUGGCUAUUGCUAUUAUGUCAAGUGUUUUGAUGUAUUUUAUGACAUAUCUAGCAAAAUAACAACUGAGUGUGUAGCGUAAAUUUAAUAAAGCGACCAAAGCCUUUGAGUUUUAAGAGCUUGUGGACUAUACUUAGAAUCGUACAAGGAAAUAAGGCCUUUUUAAGAUACAUUAUGUGCGAGUAUAUUCUUCAUUAAAAUAUGCAGUACAAUUAUGUUUUCGCAAUCGUUUUUAGAGGUUCAAACUGAAAAAUAUUAAUCCUUUUAAACACGUACACCCAAAUUGAAUCGAAAUAUUAAUUAAUGAUUGCUUUCGAACCUGUCAGCUCAGAAAUUUAGUUUUGCUCAAUUUAUCUUCUUGUGGAAUUUUAACAAUUCCUUUUUAAUAUGUGUUUUUAAAAAGCUUUAUGGAUUGACUCAUACAACGGAUGUGGGUGGCGAGUGUGACACGUCCUCGCGUUAAAGACAAAUUAAUGAUCAAUUAAACCAUUUUCUUUACGUAUUAUGAUUUCCUUAAAAAAAGUCAUGGAUUACGAUUGGCAUUGAAGGAUUGUGGCAUGUACCGGAAGUCCUAAUCGUUAGUCACGCGAGAUCUACGUCACCUACCACCCGUAAACCAGACGGUUACAAACAAGAGGAAAUUAUUUUAAUUAAUUCGCAUUGUUAUUUUUACUUGGUCUUGGUCAUAACAGAGCAAGGUGAUUAAUGACAAUAAACUGUACUGCUGUGUUUUACUCUUGCUCUCAAAGAUAUUACCUUCUGCAGCGUACAUGUACCAUAAUAUGAAAACGGCCGGCCUGCACCUGGAAGUGUAUUGACACCCCUCUAUAUAGUUAGUAAGAGGUGAGUUCUUCGGCCUUUUUCAAGCGUCGUGCUACUACCGUGCCGAACUCAAUUGAUCGAAUUAAACGAGUAGCACAAUAUUUGAAACCAAGUCGUGCUAUUGCCGUGUAGCACGACAAGAUUUGCCGUGCUACACGCACAACUUUUGGUAAACACUGGCUAAAUAUCAGAAUAUUGAAAAUGCAGAGGAGUGGACAACUCCCUUGCCCCUCCCUUAAUUUUGCGAUCCGAAUGCAUAUACUUUCCGGAAGCAUUGUUAUGAAAAAUUUUAAUAAUUUCCUAGAGCAACCAGCAUCAUCAUAUCGCCAGUUUACGAAAUUUUUAGAAUUUUGAUGAGACAGCAAGUCAGGGCGUAAUAGAGUUAUACCCCGUACACAUUUGUCUGGGUGAAAGAAGACAUUCGUGAAUAUUUUUCUUUCAGAGUAGUCCAGAUACCUUUAUAUUGGUACUUCAUUUCGCGGGUACUUAAUUUCACGAUUUUGGCGAGACAAUAUUUCACAGAGUUUAAUUUCCGCCAUUUUAAUACAGUCGAACCCAGUCUACUGACGUCCCUCUUUCCACAACGGCCACUUUUUCAGGGGCACCGAACGACUGUUUUCUGUAAAAUAUCUGUUCGGAGACGCAAAUGUUGCCUAGAAUUUUGUCUAGCUUGAGGACGGCAAAAAAAUUUCUUGAUGAUCGUUCCAUUCGUGUAAAAUUUUCGAAAAAAGGAAACCUAAAAUUUUCGGAUUCAAGAAUGUGAUGGAAAGAGACUGAGGUUGCCCUAGGAUGACCGAACAGAUACAAAUUUUAUAGCGCGGCUUAGAAUGCAUUUCUAGAUACAGCUACUUCGAGAAAGGUUGUCGGAAAAAAAGUGCACGCGACAAUCCCGAAAGGUAAUAUGGGAUAUGAUCAAUACACUGUUCCUGACACUGUAGCUGUCGAACCUACUUUUGUUGCUUUCCUUUAGCACUCGCAAACAUAUGUCCGUGGCCUCUUGUGCCAUUCUUUCAGAUUUCUUUGAAGAACAGUGAACUCAAAACUACCCACAAUACUUUUUGCGAUUGUCGCGUGCACUUUUUCCGAAAACCUUUCUCGAAAUAGCUGUAUCUAAAAAGUACUCUAGAUAGCCCAAAAAGUGUUGUUAGUGUAUUUAGAAGGAAGCCAUCGUUGGGUUUUCCCCGACUUUUUUUGGCGUACAAUCCAUACAUUGACUAUUAUUUAAACCUCUCUACAACGGAAACGGUCACUUUCUUCUGUCCCUAAAGUGGCCGUUGCGAGGAGGGUCAACUGUAAGCAAAUAUGAAAUUCGCAAUUCAAGCGUUCUCAACGUCAUUUGUUUUUCAAAAAGACUGUUACGGUAAACUGGAACAAGCAAAAAUCAUUUUUAAAAAUUGACUUUGAAAGGUUAACUGAGUAAAACGGAUAUCUGAAAAUUAACUGAGUGUAUUACAAACUGUAUAUGAACAGGGUGGCCUUGAAACCCUGUCAUUGUUUGCAUCGAACUCGAAUCUACCUCAAAAAACGUUAUAGUGUAACUGUUGGAGCAUUACAAGAAAGUUCUGAAUGGGAACUACAGGAAACCAAUUCAGUAAUAGCAAUUUUGACGACUUCACGAAAGAUAGAUUUCAAAGGGAUUUGUACAAGUGUAGCGCGGAUUCAGAUGAAGAUAUUAAAUAGCUAAAUUCUCCACUUGAUCUGUGAAAUCGUUGUUAAUGAUAGUUCGAGUAUUUUUCGAUACAUAUCUUGUAUAUGUUAUGUUUUCUAAUCAUUAAAACUAUUUUUCUGUGAUGUGAAAUUUCUAUACGUUCGCGAGGAUAUUUAUUCGCGUGUCUUUAAUAAAGCAAUCGCGAAAAGCGCGAAAUUAAUAUCAAUAAGGCGUUAUCUUUUCAGCGCCUAUGAAUGCCCCUUGUCUUAACCUGUAAUUGUAGCGAAUGGAGAGUGACAUGCAGACAUUUCUGUGUAAAUAUAAUAUUUUAAUUCAAGGCUGUUAACUGCGUCAAAGAGGUACUUUAAGUCAUGCCAAUAUUUCGAUCAGUACAACUUUAUAGCUACACUGUAUUGUCACGUCACGUAUUUUUUCAAAUUUGCCUUGUCGUCAAUUUUUCGGAAAAAACUUGUAUUCAACUACGAGAAAGGAUGAAAAUAACGACUUAGACCCCUUACAAAAAUUUCUGGAUCCGCCCCUUGUUAUAACAGAAGCCAUGAAUCAUGUUGUGUCCGAACAGUAAAAAUAAUAAUUUUUAACCUGUACGUCGCUCUAGCAAUGGAUGGGUGGAUUCUUUUCCUUGGUCGUUAAUAAGUGAGGUUAUCACGAUAUAUCAUAAGCAAGUAAUUCAAGUAAACUUCAGUUAUUGCUGAAUCAUUGUCUGCAUAAUCAUGAUCUCUCUUUGGCUCUUGCGUAUUCGUUUUUUGUCAGCGAUAUCUAAUUAGUUUGUUUUGGUUUCCAAGAUCUGUCAUUUUUCACCCGUGAUUGUUUGUUUUUAAAUCUUCAUUCGAAGAUUUUCACUUUGAACGAAACUGCUACAGGUGACACUUGUGAAACCAGAAUACUGCUUCGUUUAAAGAGUUUCGCAAAGAAGAGCUAAAAGGUUCCCUUGAGGGAAUUCAAUACAGGCACCACGCAUUGUACCCUUAGAACAAACUUCAAGAAAGCAUUUUAUUGCAAAAGCAGACAAACAAGCUUAACUAAAUAUGAAAAUCAAAGUGUCUGAUGCUAAGUUAAAAUGACAACAGUUUGAUUAAUACCGAGCAGUAUUCUAAACAAAACACCCACAAAACUGGGACAAAAGAUUGGUUACCAGUCAGGAUCUCUUUGAACGAUUUGUUUACAAGUCUGUAUGCAGACUAUAAACGAAACAAUGGAUUACCUCUUUGAAUUUGCAUGAAGUUUGAAAACAUGCCUGAUUUCCAUUUGCACAUAAUUCACAAAAUUGAAAACGUUGUAAAAUUAAAGAAGGAAAACGUCUCUUUUUGAAGCCGGCCAGUUAUUCAAGUUGGUCCUGGAUAAUCGUCGAGGCGUGAUCUCUACAAACAACGGCUUGUUUUCAGAGAGCCUUAAUUGCAAAUUUCGAAAACAUUUCGUUCAAUUCAGCGUCUCUAAGGAAUUUCUUCCUACGUUAUUCUACAGCUGUACUCUCGUUGUGUGAAAGUCACUCUUCAGCCAUCCCGUCAGUUCUUUGAUUUGUGCCCACAGUUACGACAGUUCAAUAGGCUGUAGUUUCAUUCUGGUCUUUUUUGACUCGACUCUUACAUGAGUUAACAAGUUGCACACAAGCUGAAGUGCUCUUCAAAUUAACUGAAAUCAAGCGAUUCUUUAUAGAGCCAUAAAGGAAGUUUCCAGUUACUUGAAACUGACAAUUUAUUGGAUACUUGGUGUUCAUCAAUGCAUACACCAUUUUACAGCAAAGCAUGUCUGUUCCAAGUAUUUUUUAUCACUGGUAACUAGAAAGUUUGCGGUUGCGACAUUCGAAAAUUUUAAAUAUCGUUAAAGUUUUAUAACCACGUUCACUGUAUUGUCAUACAGUCAUUGACUUUUCUUUCAAAACGCUCAGCAAGACGUUAACCAAGUCACGAACAACACAUAGUACUUCAUCACGUACGUUGCUGUCAAGUCAUGAUUUACUGUAAACAUUGAAGCCCUUGGACACAUUUGGGCGGUGGAUUUGUUCAAGUGCUAGAGCACGCCAGUGGUAUUGUGAAGUCUAAGUGGUUGUUUAUAUUUUUCCGACAACUAUUUUUGUUUUAUACCGUCCGUCUUGUACCAGCCUGUUCUGAAUACCACACUUCCGUCGCCAAUUCGCCGUCAAAGUGUGUCGUCACAAUCGCGGGAGAAGUCCCCUAAUAUUUGGCAGCUGUUGUAUAUGUUGCAUCCAAUUACAGCGACAAGAAUUAGAAGGCGUAUUAAGUUCGGUGCAGGUUUUAUUACAUUUAAUCACAUUUAAUCGCAGUAUUGAGGCUACUUAAAAUCCUUUUUGUGUCGCGUGAGUGAUUGUAACACAGAGUCCAAUAAAUUUUGGAGGACGGCUUGUUCAAAUCAGCAACGAACGAAGCUUGAAGAGUAUAAACAGGGCCGUUACAGUUGGGUUCGAGACAAAUAACGUUACCUUUGCUGCAAAUCGACACCAGUCAGCCGUGGACUUACUCUACGUUAAUACCUUUCAAGCAAGAUUUGUUUUUUUCGUUUUUCAUUCCUCGGGGUAUUCAUGCGUGGCCCGGGUGCGUGGCGAAAUAUUAGGUAACGCGUGGAAGUGGUAUUACAGCAUGGUUACAAGAAUUCGGUCUUCAACUUUCACCCACAGGUAAAUAUAAAAAUACUGAAAUAUCUUUGACAACGUUAGCUGUGAACCUUAAACUCUCCUUAUUAGUCAUCUUAUACCGAUUUAUGUUACCAAUGCUUUUUUUUUAGCAAUCACCUUCUUUCAGUCGAUAAUGUCGUCGCGAGGAUGUUGUUUUUUAAAAACACGAGCUUCACGUAUAAAUGCGAUUCGUUAGAAAUUUGGCUUUGUUGUUAAUAUUCAGUGAAUUUUAAUAUUCCUAAACAUUUGAACGUUUUCAGUUUCAUGUAAAAAGGGUCAGCGUUUUUAUUCUCCUUUUCAAUCAUUUACAAGUUGGAUCGUGUAAUAUUCGAUAUUCCUUCUGUAUUUUUGCUAUGCUGUUAAUUUAAUUGCCGUUUUUUAUUCUCUGAAAUAUAUGCCAAAACACACUCGCUGCCGUUUAAAUGAAUAAAUUUCGUAAAGAAUGACAUCAUCAAAUUUUGAGUCAAAGACGUCAGAGCUAAAAGCUAGUGGUAGCUUUGAAAAAUAAUGACAGAAGACCUGUCGUUUUAUACAUGUGCAGAAAAAAGUAUUGGAUCUGGUUAUCUUGUUUCAAAAAAUUCAAAAUAAAAAUAAAUAUUCCUUAUAAUUUUUUGAACAUGAAUUAACUUAAGGGAAACAGUCUGAACAUUUGUUUACAGAAUUUUUCAUUCAGACAUUUUUCGUUUUUUUCAAGGACAGCUGUUAAAUUUAAGGACUUUAAAAUAUGAAUCAUAAAUAAGCUCCUUUUUUAAAAGAAAAGGAAAGACAAGUUGAAUGUUUUAAUUGCCUGAAACAUGCAUUUGUAUGCUUUUGUAGCAGAACCACUGAUUUGCAUAAUAAUGAAGACAAAUCUUGUCCAAUCCUGCAUGUGUUGUGAAAAAACAAAAACAAGUGAAAACAAAACAAAACUACAUGCAAAGGAACAAGCUACCGUAACACUCCACCUUCUAACUAGGAGGAUUUGAGGGCCAGUUGGACUGAUCGUAUUCCAGAAUAAUAAUUCACAAAAUGUUUGUGGCUUGGGCCACUUAAAAAAUUGCUACAUACACUGGAAUAGUAUUUCAAGCGGAUUUCUAGAUACUGCAAUGGAACAAAUUCCAAUAUAAGUGAUAAUAUCAUUUUUUCUUAUCCAGAAUAUGGUCAAUUGACAGACCCUAAGUUCUGCACGCACGAAAAAUGACAUUUGAUGUUUGCCAGCCAUCAACUGAUAGUCUUGACCUUGACUGGUAGCCUCUAUCAUUCCAAGUUUAAUUUUAUAUCCCCAUCCUACUAAUGAGUGAUUGUGUCACACCAAAUUGUUGUCACAGUCAGGGUUUUAUUUUGUAAUCAGAUGAUAAUUCCAUGUUCCCCGUGGAUGGAUGGAUCAAGGUCCAUAACUAAUAUUAUUAUAUACAGGGCUGUCAAAAAGUUUUUAAGUAGCAGGCUGAUAACGAAUAGCAGACGGCUUUGGAACUCGCACCAACGGCACAAGUGAGGCAUCUAGGGACAUUUUGAAAUUUAGAGUCUCGGAAAUGGUAGUUCCAGGGGUUUUCAAGAGGUAUUUUCCACCGCGGAUGGCAUGUUGUUUUGUCAGAAUGCACGCAAGACUCGAACAAUUGCCAUCGAAAUUUCCCAGGCAUUCAACAACAUCACACGGUUUGAAUGUUUCACAGAUCUAAACCUGUUUGAAUAAGUGUACAGUGUCAUUCAAAACUGAGAAAGGGAUGCUUUACAAUUUUAUUUGAUGGUGCUUUUUUUUUUGUUAGCAGUUAUAGUAGAAGGAGCUGAGAGGAAAGUAGCCGGCUAAGGAUGGCUACCUAGCUGGCAGUUUUGGCCGGCUACCAGCCCUUAUUGACAGCCCUGUAUAUAUUAUAUAAACACCAAUUAAAUACCAAGUGAGUUUCACGUGAAAAUGUGGUAUCUUCAAGGGUAAAAAUGACGUGUUAUCUUAGCAAUGACUGUGUAACUUGGUAUCUAGAUUUGGCAAAAAUUCCAAUCUCCAGGAGAGUACUCAGGUUAUUAUACGGAGACAGGGAUAGGUGCAUGGGAGGAGUAAUUUUGAGGGUUUAAGUUUUGCAAUUUGAGGACUUUGUUAGGUUUUAAGCAAUUUUUAAGUGGUCUUUUUGAGGAAAAAGCUCUUUAUGUGGGUAAUACAUUCUCGAUUUUUUAACCGUAUUUGGCUCGGGGUUAACUAUACCCUGGGUGCCAGGCGCUUUUCACUCGUGGUUUCUGGUUUUGGUAAAGUCUUAUUCUCGAAACUGAUCUUCAUACAUUUCUUUACAGAAUUAGUUGAGAGAAUUUGAUAAACAAUCAAGGCAUUUUCUUUUUGUUACUUUUCAUAACCUAAUCUCUUGACAACGUAGGGAUGGUCACUCUCGGGCAUAAAGGGUUAAUUCUCUGUGAUUCCUAGGUUCCAACCCUUUCUUUCUGACUCUGAGAAUGAACCAGGGUUUUUAAAGUUAUUAAAAUUUACUUCUCAAUGAACCUGUUGAAUGGUCUUCUCUCUGCACAGUGCUCCAUCUCCAGAUAUUGGUCGAAGAUCAGGUUUAAGCAGGAAGCACUACUAUGGCUCCCUUGAAGCUGUAAGUACAGAGACAUUUUCCAAAUUUCAGUGAUAAAGUACCAACUAAAUUAAAAAGCUAUAAUUCCAAAUGCUUAAAUACGAUACAAUAUGGUACAGGUCCAAUCUACAGUUUGCCAUCUCUGCCUUACAGUAUGUUAUUUUUUAAAUUUAUUGGUUCAGGUUUUCAGAGUUAGCUUCAAAUUCAUGCCUGGCAUUUGCCAUUUUUCAUUUGUUGCAGUUAAAUAGCUUGCACUGCUCAGGAAAUGACGUAGGUGAAAAUCCAGCAUGCCGGUUCAGAAUGGAGAAUGGUGAAAUUGGCACAUUUCAGGUAAAUAUCACCAUGUCUCAAAUUACAAUGCUAUAAUCAUGUAGUUUAAUUCAGAUGUUAAAUUGUUGUUUUUUUAUACUCCCCGGAGCACAUUAUUUUAAUAACUGAUCUCUUUUGAAGCUAAAUAAGGAACACUUUUAAGAUGUUCUGGGUUAAAAGUUCUGCUACUGCCUGAUUCAAAAGUGAACGGUGAUAUCAGGCCUGCAUCCCCUGCUGAGCCUACGAUGAUAAGCUGAUGAUUUUUUUUAAUGUAACGUUUGUCUUUAAAUGUUCAGAAUGGAGCAGUAUCACGACAAGGUAGUGGAGUUCACUUGGAGAAUCCAGAAUUCCAAACCAGAUGGUACUUCAAGUACUUUCUUGGCAAAGGUAGCAUGAUGUUUCUUUUCUCUCUUCUUGCCUUAAUUAUGGCCCAGCCAGGGCUCACUGAUGUCCAAUUCAUGGAUUAUGCUGAUAUGGAAACUUCUCUGGAAAGCAUGGGUCAUUAAUGAACAUUUACUUAUUGCUGACGAAAAUACUUAUUGCUACAUGUUUGGUUCAACUGCGUCAUAAUGUUUCAGAAUACUGUCUUGAAAAAUCUCCAAAAAGAGGUCAUUGAUAGUGAGUUUUUUUAGCUCUUUUUUUACAGUUGCCUUUAAUUCUUACUUUUGUAUCUCUUAUUUUCCUCAGUGCAUCAAAAUUUUGUUGGCGUAGAUGGAAGCAAAAGUCCAUUCAUUUUGUCUGUUUGCCUGACUGAUGCUGAUAACUAUGGUGUUCCACAGUAUAGAGCCAUUGUGUGGAGGAAAACGGUAAACUUAGUUGAACACAUUGGUAGCUAUAGGCAUUAAAGGGCGUAACUAUGGAGGAUAUCCACGUUGCUAGAACUGAUCCUUGUUUCCCCUGUUUGGGAUGAUUGUCGUUAUUAGGAUAUUACAGCAGGGGCGUAACGUAAGAUUUUGAAGGUGUACGCACGGGAAGACAAUAUAAGGGUGCUGCAUGCUCCCCCAGGAAAUGUGCAAAUUUAGGGUCUUGGAAGUGGACAUUUUUAUUAAAUAAAUACGAACGAAAAUCCAUUUAUUGUGUUACUAGUUGAUUUGGUAAGGCUGCAAGGGCGAGACAUCUACCCUUCCCUUCAAAAGGGCAAAGACACCGAUAUGAUGAAAAAAAGUUGUUAGUCAUUGCGAUUUAACGAUGGAAAUGCUUUCAGAAAAUGAAAGGUACAUUCUGUGCAGAUUUCAGCUGUAUGCACGGGCAUAUGUGCGUAUAUGGACGCUACGCUCCUGUACAGUAGAACUCUGGUAACUCAAACUCUGAAGGGAAAUGAAAUUUAACAGUUCGAGUUAGUGGGGAAUUCAAGUUAUCAGGGUAAAUUUCAGCGAGAUUUUGAUCAAGGGAAAGGAAAUGUAGUUCCAGUUAGCAGGGAAUUUGACUUAUUUCAGUUUCUACUGUGUCUCUUAAAUGAGGGUCACUACUUUGGAUCCCACAAUCAUCCCAACCAAAAUUCUCUCUCAAUCCCAUAAUUCCUCUAGUUUUUAUUGGCCGAUUAUAAUUACAUGCCUUGCUUGAGUUAACUCGCUCCUUCCAAUCUGUUUGGCAGAGGAGCACGUGCUCAUUCCCCAACAGCGGCUGGUAAUUGAGCGUAGAUAUUGUAAAAAAAGUGGUAUGCUCAAACUAGGAUCCUAACAAUGUAGACAAGUUUCAUUAAAUCAAAGUAGAAUGAUGUUUCAUCAUUUGGGGACAGUUAGCUUACUUUUUUUACAAGAUGUCAGUUUGUUAAAAAAAAAAAUUCCCAAAUCUUGCAUCAUAAAUCACUAAAUCCUAAUCCCUGACAAACUCAAGUACGGAUCCCCUUACAUUACAUACACCCAGCUGGAAUAUCGAGUGAGCCAAUGUGAUUGAACGUUAUUGUUUGGGUAUAGUGUGUUUGGUUUCGUUGGUUGAUGAAUUUUCAGUCUUUUACAAUUUAUUAUGUUGCACAAAUUUGAAUUGCAGGGAAGUCAAAAGUUAUGUAUAGCAUACCAUCCUAACAAGCCAGUCUCCCCAAAGACUGUAUUACGGUAGGUAUAAAUAGAAUAAUUAUUAUUUUAUAAUUCAUUUUAGAAUUAAAUUCAAAUUCUGUUUUGUAACUAUCCGUUUUCAAUUUGGCAAUACUGAAACUUCAAAAGCUUACGCAAGAGUAAAGUAUUUAAAGGUUUUGGUUCAGUGUAUUAUCUGCAGAAAAGAAAUUCAGAAAGUGCAUGGACAAAAACAUAGAUCAUUGUCUGAGUGAAAACCCUCCUCAAAUGUCCUUGUUACAAUAAAAAGUAUUUUACAAGAGCAGUGAAGCCAUUUACGGUCGUCUUUCGGCGGACAAAUCGCCAAAAAAAAUGUACUUUUCUGUUUAAAGGUGUUACUCAUUUCAAAACGUUAGUGAAUUUACUUGUCAUUUUAUUAUUCAUCCGUUUGCUAGUAAGCUUAUAAGACAUAAAGCUAUCGUAACUUAAGGAUUUCAUGAGUACUUUUAUAUUUUUACAGAGCGUAUGGGAUAAACAAGGUUGACAAAGGACCUAAGGAAGUAUUUAAUGCGGAAAUACAAAAGGUACAAGUCACUUUGAUGCUUAUGUUGGAGUUCAUACUGACCUUUUGAAGGUUGUGGUACACUAAAACAAUCACAGGUCUUGCGGAGAAUAUGUUAGUUUAAUUUAUGUUAGCCAGAGUUGUUGAACGCCAGAUCCAGCCAGAACCAGCUUCACAAGAGACCCUUCUUGUAGCCAAGGUCGCUGCGUUUCAGUCCAAAAACGCGGGAAAAUGUUUCAAGGCGUAGUCUUUACGCUCGUCUCGUAAAUUGUCAAAAUUCUGAUUCAGGAAACUGUCGAAGAUUAAAGUUUUAACAAUUUUUCAAAUUGCAUUGCUCUAUAUAAUAACAAUAAGCACUUUGAAAUGCAUUCUAUAAACGAGCGUCCUCGAUUCAAAGGGACAGAACUGAUCAAAUGUUCACGCAUUACAGAGUUGUUCGUGUUUGAGGGGUAGGAAUCUGACAUUGGUUUCAUGUUUAUUUUUUAGGAAUUACUUGUUUUGGAAGAACAGGAGGUAAACAGUUAUUUACUCGUAGAAUCCACUUUCAAGUUUAUUUCUUAUGAUCUUGUCACGACAAUUUCCCCAACACAGUUUUUUAUUAAUCGAAUCACAUACCUUCUUUUAAUCUCAUCAGGGAUCUGUUAACUUCAAGUUCGGCGUUGUUUAUGCCAAACAAGGACAAACUACAGAUGACGAAGUGUUCAGUAAUGGUUAGUUAAGGCUUAACAGCUCUUCAAUCUAUUACCAGAUUGCAUAAUCUUUGGAGUCUGUUAAUAAAACAUAAGUUUAAAGGGGUUUAUAAAUUGGAGUCUUAAGAGUAAAUUUCUGGAACGGACCCAGUUUUUACAGUGUUUUUAUUCGGUUUUUAUUCGCGUUUCGAGUCGUUAAAACUUGGUGUGGAUCGCCGAAUAAAGUUCCACGAUAGUAUGGAAACAACCCUUCAAAGUUCGUAGAGUUGGCUAGCCUUACUUCGGUCGUUUCGUCGGCUCACAAACUCACUCGAAAAUUAGGCUUAGCGUUCCCGGCUAUAUUUGCGAGAAUCUUUGGAGUCUCCCUUGGCUUGGUACGAUCACUGCAAUCCUUUAGAUCGCUCGACUGGCGCUAGCAAUGCUUAUACAGGGGCACCCAACGAGAAUACGGUUCAAAACCAGUAUUAAAACGGUAGAUAAAGGCAUAUUUUUAUCCCCUAAAAAUUUUUCAUCUGUUCGGAUUUCCUAGCUGAAAGUCUAGUGAUUCGAAAAUUAUAGGGAUCAAAACUUUCCUAUUCGAAAAUUUCAGCCAGAAAAAAGGCUACCGAAAAUUGUAGGUGACCUUUUUAGGGUAAAAAUCCGUUAAAAAUGGGCAAUUAUACCAUUUUUUAGAUGUUCGAAAAUCCUAGGAGAGGCAGACAAGCAAGAAAUUUUGGAAAAAAUGUUCCGAAAAUUUUAGAUCUCAAAUCGUCUUCCGAACAGAUAUUUUCCGAAAAUUGUCGUUCGGUGCCCCUGCUUAUAAACAGCACCCAACAUGUGACUUAAUGCAUACCUUAUUUUAGGACCGCGACUUCCAAAAGCUACGACGACAGCGACGGCAACGAGAACGGGAAAAAAGGCAAUAGGUUUAGAUUGGCAUAACAACAACUUUGCAUGUGCAGCGUUUUUGUAAAUUUCUUUACCGUUGCUGCACGACUGCAACGUGAAAGUGCCUAAUUUCACGUUUUGUCGAGGACGGGAACACAAGACAACAACUUUCUUUUUCUUUUCGUGAACUUUGAAACAGCCUUUUAGAAUUUUAGAAUGGAGUAAACGUUAGACGUUCUACAUAAUGCCUUACAUAUAGGGCUACGGGAUCGAAUGUUCCCCUCCUCCAUCACCUCGCGGGGUAGACUGCAAAACAGGCCUUUUUUCGCGUUUGAUAAAAACGCGCGAGCGCGGUCAAGCGAAAGUCCUGUUGCGAGCCGAGGGUCAAACGGAGUGUGAUACUGGGGAGAGACGCCUUGUGUAUUUGUGCUUUCAAAAACCGAAUUUGACGGGAAAAACCCGACCGUUUUGCAGUCUACUUGUGGGCCCUGAUUAUGUUUGGUUAACGCCUUGUCUCCCACUCAUUGCAGUGAACGUCAGUGAGGACUUUGAACGCUUCCUAGAGCUUCUAGGAGAAAGAAUAGAGCUCAAAGGCUGGCAGAAGUAUCGGGGAGGAUUGGAUGUAAAAAGUAAGUUCCUACGUCUUAAUUGUCUGCUUAAGUAUCUUAGUUAGCGGACAAAAGACCGUUUUUCUGUGAUUUUCUUAACCAUAUGCCAUAAACGGCAACGGCUAUUACCGCCAAUUAAGUGUCGUAAAACCACGGCCAAAGUUAAUAUAGCUAAUGCUAGCCAAUUCAAGACAUACAUGCCGGAUGCUCCACAAGCGUGAGAUAGAAAAUUAAAACUUAAGCGAGUAAGCCCUAGAUCGCCCUAAUUAUUGAGGUCUUUUUUAGCUCAGCAGUUACGAAAUUCGAGUGAUUCCACUCAGAAACGGGCUAUCAUCAAGACUCAAUAAUAGGCGCAAUGAAAGUUUUCUUUUGGCUAAACAUCAGUUUUACGGGCGCAAAACGUCUCCUCAGGGCACUCUCGCUGCUGCAUCCUCAUCUUUUCCUGCGAGCUGUUAACUUCUUUCAUCCUUGUUCUAGAUGAUAUGACUGGUUCACAUUCUUUGUACACAAUGUACGAAGGACAUGAAGUAAUGUUUCAUGUGUCCACCAUGCUGCCGUUUACACCCGACAACCCGCAACAGGUGAUGCUGCAAUAACUAACCAUAAACUGAUUUAAAUAAAGACAGCAUGUUAAUACACAUUUCCUUAUGCCACGAGAAAAGGGCAUUCGAACCCCUCAGAAGAGAACGUCAUAAUGUCCUUGUCAAUCUUAACUGCUCAGGCGAUGUGAGGGUCAUUGAUACCGGCUACAACCAAAAUUAAGGCUCUGACUAGACUGAUGUGUUUUCGUUUGAAAACGCAUACAUUUCGAUGCGUUUAACCCUUCUGUCCAUACUAAUACGCUGAGCGUUUUCAUCGAAAACGCAUUGACUUAAAAAUGCUCUUUUUCUUGCGAAAACGCAUACAUCUCGCAGUAGUGUGGGCAGUCGAAAACGCAUCAAAAUGACCAAAAAUAUCGCAGGCGCGUAUGUUUGUAGCAUGCGCAUAGAGUUCAACUUACGUCACAACGUGCAAUAUCUAUCGUUUUCGAACGUUUUAGUGUGAACAGUCGAAAACGCAUCAAAACGGUAGUGUGGACUGGAAGCGAUCGAUGCGUUUUGGAUAACAACGAAAAUGCGAAGUUUUGAAAAGGCAUAAGUGUGCCUAUAGAUUCUACUGUCAAUUUUCUAGUUGGCGCGGGUGAGUGUGUUUGUUGUCCGGGGGACGGGGGGCGGAAGAAGACGGAAGGCCAGGUGUUUGAUUGUCGCUGAUCCGUUGCAGUAAAACACAGUUAGUAAAUGAUGUUUCCUGAUUGUAUUCAUCUCUCUCUCUUGCUAGGUUGAGCGAAAACGCCAUAUUGGAAACGACAUUGUUAUUAUUGUGUUCCAAGACUGGGAUGAAAAGACUUCUUUCAGUCCGCCAGCGAUCAAGUCCAAAUUUGUCCGUAUCCUUUUUGAACUUAAACGUACAACCCAAUCUAUUUUUUAAGAAGUCAAUUGAUUAUCACAUUUACAAUACUACCUAAAAGCAUUUACAUUAGAGAUUCACUGACAAACAAAAGACCAGACAACUCAAUCUAUUUUUAUAUGAACGUUUGUUUUUUCCUCUUCACUUCGCGUUCGUAGGCAAGACAAUCACCAUUCCUUUGCAUGCCACAUAAACGGGCAAUGUUUUCUCGCGUCUUACAAACGUAAUUGGUGAAAAUUCCAUUCUUCGCACUACGCACUGCGGUUUAAAAAUGAUUACUGUGGAAACAAAGGUUAGAGAAUCCUUGGAAAAAGUCACCAAUGUGUUUCCUAAAUUUUGUCCAUUUUGGCUCCUUAACCAUUCAAGACAUAUAUGCACUUGUUUCUUACAAUAAAUCAGAUGCCAGCUAUCGGUAAGAAGUCUUCUUGGUGUUACAGUAAUGUACCUAAAAAUCACUCUUUUUUCCAAAUCAAUCAAAAUGAUAAACCAACUAAAUGAUUUUAUCUUUCCUCAGGGUAACGGUGUUCUCCGAAAAAAAUGUGCCAAUCUUUGGCCCCCCACUGCCUUGUCCACCGGUUUUCAGAAAUCACCAGGAGUUCCGAGACUUUCUUCUUGUAAAGUGUAAGUGCCUUGUAUAAAGACCCCGUUUUACAUGCAGAAAAGUUGUCCUGGGAAGAGGUUCACCCUCCUGGCCGAGUCAACUUAAGCGAGCGCUAAUAUGAGAAAAAAGUUGAGCCCAUUUCUCGAGCCAAGAGCUGACAGCGGUAUUCGCGCAUGCUCUGAUGUCUCCCCUUGACCGAGUUGACACUGCUGAGUGAACAAAAGUGUUUAUAUGGAGAAAAAUUGGCCUUGCCAGGAAGGUGAGCAUACCAUCACAAAAGGGCGACCCGGCUAUGCGGGUAACCCUUCUUGCCGAGCCAGCGUUUUGUUUCUCAUGUGAACGGUUCGCCUCGUUUUGUAACGUAGUGUAUGUAAAAUUGUUUUGCCCACGGUACCUCAUGUGAAUGAUCAAGUGACCGCUUUACCCCGGACAAUAUUUCUCCACAUAUUAAUAUAAAACGGAACGUAAAAAAGAGCAUUGACGUGUUAACACUCUCCAGCUAGUGUACAGUGGUGUGUAGCCGUAUAAUAAAUAUCAUGACGUAAAAUAAUCCCAGUGAAUCCAUCAAGAAACUUGACAACCGACAUCGAAGCAAGGUGUCGUGUGCACGUUGAGCUUGCAUAUUUACACCCUCUACGGGCGACUUUAAAAUUCUAUGUUCAUUCAUAAUUUCUAUGUAUCUUUGUUCCUUUUAGUAAUGAAUGGAGAAAAAGCUGCGUACGCAUCGCCCACGUUCAGCAACAGACGUCAGCGGACUCUGGACAGCCUCAUAACGAGGCUUCUUCAAGAUCAUAUGCACGAAGUAAAUACUCUCCUUCACUUACGUUCUCUAAAAGCGUGUUUUACGUUUUACCAGCUUUACUGAGCACAGUCCUACCCUGCGGGGAUGGGCACAAACGAGACUCUUAGGUCUAAUGCAACGUAGCCUCCCCACCCAUUCCCACAACCCAUUACAGACAUACACUUGAGGGGGAAACCAGAGUCCCCAGGAAAAAAUUUUUCAGAGAAAGAGCGAGAACCAACAACAAGACAACGCAACACACAUAUGGCGUCGCCUGCGGGACUUGAAACCGGAGAGACACUGUUGGGAGGCGAAUGCUCACAUCCCUGUGCCUCAAUUGUCUCUCCUCCCUCCCUCCUCCCCCCUCACCCCCCCCGGAUUAUCGGGCCUUAGUGUAUUCUUGGGCUUGUUUAUUGCAGAAACUCGGUGCACGAAAAUCCUGGAACGACGUGUUGGAUUCAUCUCGAGGUAAUCGUCGAAAGGGGAUGGAGCGAGAACAAGCUUUCUUGCAGUUUGGACAGGUAGGUUCAGUUUACUGUCCGUGAGGUACAUGUGCAGGCGACUUGCUACUCCUAGCUUCUUACAGUAUAGGCCACUCGCUGACACUGCCUUCUUAAUUCCUCACAGUCGCCAUGUUCAUUAGCUAUUCCCUGCCAUCUCGUUUCUUUGUUUUUGUUUUUUUUUUCUAGUCCUUGAAGCUGAAGACGAUCGUGAAAGGUGAUGCCCCUACCAGUUUGGCCAGCACUGCUGGAAACGCGAAAGUUGAGGUGAGAAGAAAAGGAAACACUCUUGUUAUUGGUAUUCUUCUCCUUAAAGUUAACGGUCUUGGGAAACGUGAUUACUUCAGCGUAAGGUCCCUUUGUGAAACCAUCGUUACAUACUUUUCAUGCGAUCCGUUUAAGAAGUUAAGCAUGAAAACGUUCCAUGCAAGUGUAAGAUUUUCUAUUUGUCACAGUGCCACAAUCAAGUUAACCGUGCUUACCUAUAUUCUUCCUUUUUGUUUUAGCCGUGGGAACCGCAAUGUAUAUUCGAGGAUUUCCCUACCAAAAUAUUUUGUGGUGAUUCGUGGGGUAAGAUAUCUUUUGUGUUGACCACAUAACUAUAAUUCUCCUAAUUAUUGCAAUACAUUUUCGUGAUAUCGUGUAAAUGGCUUAUAGUUCUCAUUUUUAACUGAAACUGGUUUACAGGAAACAGCCUUGUGUUAGGAACAGAGGAUGGCAUUCAGAUACUACAAGGUAACAAUUUUAUGUAAUGUUUAAUAAAAAAAGCAAGUGUGUAAUCAAGAGCGAAACACCGAACGCUUUUAGACAAAAUAAACAGGAAUCAGUAACGGCUUCAAAUACUUUGCUCUGUUCAUAACCCCUGAGUUUUUCAUGGUCAUCAUCAUCAUUAUCACUAUCAUCAUCAUCAUCAUCAUCAUCGUCGUUAUUAUUAUUAUUAUUAUUAUUAUUAUUAUUAUUAUUAUUAUCCCAAAACAAUUGAAGCUAAAUUUCCCUCUCAAGUAUAUUCGAUGUCCUUAUUCUUCUGUCAUCAAAUGGUGGCUUGUUCAUAAAUUUACAUCAUUAUUUGCCCCCAACAAACAACGUUUUCCAUCCAAGAGAGUGGAGGCCCUAUUUGAACCUGGGAGCUCAGGAGGCGUGGUGUAUGUCAGUACUUAUUACCAGCAGUUGUAAGAAGUUGAAGUAGGAAUGGAGGACUACAGACUGUUAUCUCUCUUCUCUCCGCGUAUCCAGUUAUAUGUAUACUGUUCUUUUAUUACAGGGUCAAAACACCGUUACAUGUUCGACAAGUCAGUGGUCGCAAAACAAAUGAGUAUCGUGGAAGCUUUCGGAUUACUUCUCUUUCGAGUUGACAAAGGUAAUUGUGGCAAAAAGUAGUUGAAAAAUCGACUAUUUUAAUAAAGGGGCUCCAUAGAGCUCUUUAAACUGAGGCCCAGGUAGAGGAAGAGGUCUUUCUCAACAACAGGCAAUUUUACAGUUGUGGGCGUAGUGUCCUAGCCUUUGAGUGAACGUCAGGUUGAGGUUAGCCUUGUUUUGAUAUAAACUUCCAUUCUUUUCUAAUGUAAAUUUUGCUUAAAAAAUACUAGUUAGCAUAAGACAGACAUGAUUUACAUAAUGAAGCAGGAAGGGUUGUAUCAAAACAAGGUCAACUCCAGCGUCGUUUUCACCUGUAGCUGUAAAAUGGGCUAUUGGUGUUGGUUGGUUGAGAACAUCUGGGGUCUAGUUCAAUGCAGUCAGUAUAGACUUAUUAGUCGUCCUGACGUUUAAGCCGUCUUAUAGACGGGACUCACUUUUAAAGUUUUUUUAGUGUAAACACGGCAAUAAAUCCAAAAUCUCACUGCGCUUUCGUCGACCAUCGCCCACAUCAAACUCGUAGACUAUGAAUUAUUAAUUCUUGUGUAUAUCUUUUUGUUUUUAACUGCCUUUAGGCCAUGCCACGGUUGUUCAAAAGUUGAAUAACGCUAUUUUCUGGACUGUAUAUCUCUAUAUAGUGGAUAACCUUAUGGUUUAGCUAAAUCUUUUCCUGACCAGAGAUUUAUCUGGUGGAUAGCACUAUCCAACUUUUACACGCUCGGAGCGAGGUUGUUAAAAAAUGGUCACUCCUAUAUCUCCUUUUUAUAUACGUUUCGCUGAUGUUUUUCAGGCAAGGAAUUUCACUCAUCCAAGCUGUACGUGUUCAGACUAGCUGAUUUUGAAGACGAAGACGAAGAACCGAAGUCUAGGGCAUUUUGCAGAAAUCACAGAGUAGAGAAAAGCAGAGGUAAGCAGGUUAACUUGUUUCAUUCGUGUUCGCACAGAAAGUUUGACUUUGUUUUUCUUGUGAUAUCUUGAAGGAGACUCUAAGACUUUGUUCACAUCAUACCGGAUAGCCCUUCGUGCCGACACGAAAAUCUAUCGGGUAUAGUAUGAACACAUAUCCUAUAUCUGACUCUCCACUUUAGAGAUCGGGGCAGCGCAGCUUCGCGCCGUUACAGAAAUCGCGCCAAAAUCACCGUUUUAUGUGCGAACAGAGCCCUAUCCGGUAUGGUCUUCAUAUAUGCCGGCGCGAACGCUAUCCGGUAUAAUGAGAAUAUAGACUAAGAAUGCAACGCAGAAAUGUUGGUAUAGACUGUGAGUGUCUGUCGCCUUAUGCAGUACUAAAAGAGGCCCAGUUCGGUUAAAUUGUACAUUUAGCAUAAAAAGAAUCAGCAGACUUGUUUUAAAAUUUAAUGGGAAGUGAUCUAGUGCUUAGCUUCACCGACUUUCAAUCUAACGAUCAGUGCUUCCCCGAAGUUGGUCAUUCCUGUCAUUUUCUUUCCUCUAACUCUCAAGAGCACUCUACAGCUAAUCAAACUUGAAGCAAAAAUCCAAAUUAAUUAUUUUGUGUAGAAUACUUUAUAUUAAAUAGUACCGGACAGGACAGGUGAACUAACUGCACUAGCUCAGGAACAGAACAUUGAUGUCAUAUGCACCCAAGAACAUCGGAUCUACCAUGAUGACAUCGAGUUGAAGUACCAUGACAUGAAGAAAGGUUGGGUUAUGAUUACAUCUUCCGCUGAAAAAGCUACAAAUAACUCAACAAUACGAGGUGUUGGCUUACUUCUCAGUCCGAAAGCACACAAAGCACUGAACUCGGUAGAAACCAUCAAUCCAAGGAUUCUCAUUGCCACUUUCAAUGGAAAUCCUGCUGUUACUGUCAUAUCCUGCUACAGCCCCACCAAUGUAUCUAACGUUGAUGACAGAGAGGAAUUCUAUGCAGAAUUAUCAGAAUUGACUAAGGCUGUUCCUAAACACAAUGUCUUACUAAUUGGCGGAGAUAUGAAUGGAAAGAUUGGUGCAAGUGAUGCUAAGGGGUCAGUCUACAACAAACACACCAACGAGAAUGGGCAAUUCCUCCUAAACUACAUGUUAGAAUGCAAUCUCAAACCGCUGAACACCAGUUUUAAAAAGCGCGAAGGUAAGCUUUGGACUCAUACAUCACCAUCUGGAGCCAAAUGUCAAAUAGAUUACAUCCUAAUAAACAACAAAUGGAAAAAACAAACAUUCUUGCGGGAGUUCUGCAAGGAGACACACUCGCACCUUUCCUAUUUAUCAUAGCCCUGGAUUAUGCCCUUAGAGAAGCUACUAGAGAAACACACACUGGGUUCACGCUUACACCACGGCAGAGCUCCCGUCAUGUAGCAACAUACAUCACCGACACUGAUUUCGCGGAUGAUCUUGCCCUAAUUUCUGACUAUCUUGAAGAGGCACAACUUCUCUUAUUAAGACUGGAGGUUGCUGCGAAAACAGUGGGUCUGCAUGCUAACUACAAGAAAACGGAAUACAUGCUGUACAAUCAACCUGUAGGGGAUCUUGUCACACUGGCAGGGAACAAAUUGAAGCAAGUAGAUAACUUCAAAUACCUUGGUUCGUGGAUACAAUCCAGUGAAAAGGACAUGAAUAUAAGAAUUGGACAAGCUUGGAGUGCACUCAACAAAAUGAUGAAAGUGUGGAAAUCAAACCUAAAAAAUCAUCUCAAAAUAGGUUUCUUUCGGGCCACAGUUGAAAGUGUACUGCUUUAUGGUGCUGAAUGCUGGACGAUGACUGGAAAGAUGAUGAAUAGACUAGAUGGUACGUACACAAGAAUGCUCAGAGCAGUUCUUGGAGUUUCCUGGAAGGAGCAUAAAACCAACAAAGAACUGUACGGCAACCGCCCUAAGAUUAAGGAUACACUGAUGAUCAGGAGGCUGCGGUUUAUAGGACACUGUUGGAGAAAAAAGGAUGAGGUGAUAAGUGAUCUACUACUCUGGGAACCAAAGCACGGCGCAAGAAAGAGAGGAAGACCAGCAUUAACAUACGUAGACCAGCUGCAAAAUGAUACUGGUUUGAGCAUUGCUGAACUGAAGAACAUCAUGGAAAACCGGAAGGAAUGGAUGAAGCUAGUUAAUGGAGUUCGAGUUCGCUCGAAAUAAGCAAGCAAGCAAAUAGUACCAUGAAAGCGCUACUGAAGACGUUGCAUUAUUUUUUUUUGAAUGGUUACUUGUUCACACAACAGGUUUUGUUCAUAGGCUCUAAAGUUGACGCAGCAUUUCUUUAAAGGUAAAAGGGAUUUUUGCAGGGACACAGACGCCAUCACAGUAGCUGACAGGGCUGGUCACAAACAUAUUUUAGCUCGGUCAUUGCGCGUUUCUGAGCGAUCACCGAUCAAAAUAUGACCGGCCAAUUUAAACAAACAGACAUGAGACCCCCGUUGAUAAUACAGUAGCUGACGUAGUAUAUUACUCUUACAGUUUAUGACCGUGAACCCCAUGGUUCUGAAUUGAUUUUGUAGGAUGUCAUUUGUUUUCCGUGAGCCAAUCAGGAGAAGGUGAACUGAGGCUUGCAGUAGCUGUGGGAAAGAAAGUUAUCCUGUUGCAAUGGAAACACACUGCGGUGUGGAGCACGUGGUCACUUGGAAACAAUAGGAACUUGGCGGAAGGAUUUGACACUAUCAAGGUAGCAGUAUUAAGCAAUUAAAACCUCUUGUUAGCGACCGCCUUUUCGAAGAGACCACUUAAAAUCUCUAAGCUGGCCAACCUCGCCCAUUUUUAAGGGAAAAAGCCCUGGGGACGAGGUUGUAAGCUGGAGGUUCACUUAUUCAGACUUUUUAACUGCGGUCUAAAAGAAUGUGGCCUCUUUAGGUUUAAGUUUUGAAAAACAGCAAAGUCGUGUGUUGUUGUUGUUCCCUUUUUUGCGAACCCAAAAGUUGUGCAAAAAUGUAGUGACAUCCAUAAACUGAUCUCCUAGCUUAUUUGUUUUUUUGUUGCCCAGGAAGUGACUUUAGGAGAUGCGCCGAGUCUAAUGACGUUGGUUUACACCAGCUGUCAUGAAAGUCUUGUUUGUGUGGGGUAUAAACAUCAGUUUGAUCUCAUCAGCGAGGCAGGAGAUGUGUCAAGAAUACAUUCUAUUGACAAGCAAAAGGUAUUGUAAUGUUUUUCGGGAACUUCAGAUGAACUUUGUAAACUUGUCCCCAUUGUUUUUAAGAAGGAAAAGAAGCACAAGAUUUCAGAGCUCCCUCAAGUGCUUGAUACGUAUGCACGAGAGUAUGUCUAGGAUAUCGAUGCAUGCUUGUUUUCCUGUUCAGUGUUUUUUUAUUUCAACACUGAAAUUUCCGCAGAACCAGCUGACACAAUAGUUUUCGAGAAAAAGACGACUUUUUAAGUGGAUGAAGUUUCAUAAAAAAGUCGUGACUUUUUCGAAAGUGAUUUCUUCUUUUGUUGUGUAACCACUGUCCAUAACAUAACGAAAAUGCCACGAUUGUUGGCGGUCAAAGGACGGAUAACGGAUUUUAACGUUGCUUCAUUAUGUACAAAGUUGGGCACUAUAAGAAAUUGUUCUUCCACGCGGAAAUCAGAAUUUGAUUGAAUGAUUUAUUCAUGUUACAAUCCUUUACAGAAAGCAACUUUGGUCUCAGCAGUUGAUGUGUACGAAGAAGAAGAAUCCGAACUGCUUGUUUCCUUCAAUCGUAAGUUUUCCUUGAAAUUAAUAGUUCAGUUGCGCAUCAUCAUCGACGCCUUUGUCUCUUUCCGAAACAAAAUCCUUAUCCUUUAAUUCCUCUAAACACCUAAGUAUAUCGAAGAGACAAAUUCUACGGGUAUAAGUUCUGUAAGUUCACGAGUUAAUAAUUCCGAAUGUUUUUUUCCAGACCAGUCCAUAUUUAAAAGGCUGACAGGGGAGCAGUCAUCAAGUUUUGCGUUCCAGUGGAACUCGGCCCCAAACUCAGUGGGUAAGUCAUUCAAGUCAAUGAUGUUACACAACGACAAUGAUUUUUAGCGCAACGCACCAUAUCAACGUUGUUCAGUAGCGAGAUUGUUAAGAUUGCAACAUUGUUCCAACAUUACAAUGCUGUGUUGCGUAAAAAACGUCCGCCUUACUUCUUAUUAUACUCACUUUAGAAACAAUUAUCGAUCGAUAGAUAAUUAAAGUACUCGUCAAGUUUCUAAUAACAAAAUUAGAAUAUUGCUAAUAUCUGACUGGCGGAACAGUUCCUAUAAAUCUCGUCCCAGAGCAUUCGUUACCCUUAUGCACCAGAGGCAGUAACUACGUGGUGUAUGGGGAAGUAUAUUGUACCAUAGACAACACACACACUACAAACCCUAUAGUCUUUGCAGAUUGACUUUAAAAUUCCGUGACUAAUUGCUCAUGCGCUUUUAGGGGGCUAUCCGUGUUAUUGUCAUUAUUAUUAUUACUUUACUAUUAUUGCCAUCAUCAUCAUCAUCAUCAUCAUCGUCAUCGUCAUCGUCAUCGUCAUCGUCAUCAUCAUCAUCAUCAUCAUCAAAGUGGUGAAGCACGCAUACCCACUUAAUUUCAACUAAUUUUCUUCAGGCAUUUUAACUGAACACCAGCGCAUCAAACGUUUAGUAGUCAUGAUUUCUUUAAUUUUUUUAAAUUCUUGUUUUCAGUUUGCGCUUUUCCAUAUUUGCUGGCCUUCACCACCAACACGAUAGAAAUCCGCCUUGUUGUGAACGCCAAUUUGGUGCACACGCUUGUGAUUCCCAAGGUUUGCCUCAUAUCAGCCAAGGUAUGUUAAAAAAAGUCUAGGCCGAGUUUUAAUUAUAAUAAUUCAUUCUCCUGCACGACCGUACAAACGAUUGUUUUACUCGUGUCUUGGUGAAUCACUUGAAAACCUUUUAAGGGGUACUUUGGUAAGUGUUUGCUUCUGAACUUAGCCCAAGAGUUCAAGUAAUACUUAUAGAGGUCAAAAGAAAAUCAUCCAGUGGAUUUGAUUAGGAUUAGACCGCUGCGAGCAGUCUCUUGUUUUUCUUUCGAGUCACAGUAGAUCGGUUGAGGGCCGCCCCACACCUUCCUCCUUUUUAUCAUCAGUUUGCAUAUUUUACUGCGUGGCUCUGUGGAAAGAGGGACGACCGCUCGUUAGUAUUUCAUCCACCGUACAGACACAUCGCAUAUUACACACGCAGCAUAUCAAUCAACAGUCCAGUAAUCUAUCUGAAAACAAUUGGAUUGCCUUGCUGUUUCAUUAUGUUAGUUUCAGGAACAUGAAAACUUAUCCCCUGGGUACUCUUGACGUUUCCUUGUCUGUAUUAAUUGUAAAACGAUUUUUUCUCUCUCUCUGUCUUUGCAGGCCGACAUCUACUUCAGUGCUUGUCCGCCCAACUCGUCGAAGUCGUCGAUUCAAGCGACAUUGGGCGCUGGCCCCGCGUCUCCAGUCCAAGAGAAAACUUCUCUGUACAAAAUAUCCACAAUUUCGUUAAUGGGGCAAUUUCUUGAUCCUCCGCUUGCGCGUAAACCUCAGCUUGUUGUAUCUGCAUCGUCAUCGAAUGGCAAGAACGCAAAUGAAGAACUCUCGAUCUCCGAGGUCAUCACUGGAAAACGUGAUGAUUCUUCUAAGGAAGCAGUGGACUCCACUGGCAUUGAUACGGAUUUAAAUUCAAAAGGAUCUACGGAUAGAACUACCUCGUGCACCGAGGCACGGAAAGUCUCCGAGCCCACUGAUCCAAGGGGCGCGGUCAAGUACUCGGGUAAUUUGUCUUGGACGACAGUAUGACGUAUCAUUGUCACUUCGCUGUUAUUAAUUAACUAUGAGAGAUAGUAGAGAAAUAUACAGGGUUUGGUAGCUCUAUUUAGAGGCUCAACUAACUCUAACUUGCAGCCCUACAUCCAUAGCAGACUGCGGACAAACUGGACGCCUUCACGCUUCCCAUUGUUAAUUUAAUUUGACCAAGCUUUAGUGUAAGAGCAUCUAGAUGUCUUCAUUCACCUUCGCCCAAGCGCAAUCAGGUGCUGGACUUGAGCCCGAGGAAAUAGUGUGCUUUUGGUAGCCAGGGCUGCAAAGUUGCCAGUGUAUUUUUACGGGCAAGUUCAUAUUUUCCACCGUCCUUGUUAUUAUUUUGCAGCGUACACAACUGCUCACGUAAAGUCGUAAAGUGAAGUAUCACAACUUAAACAGUAAAGAUUGAGAUAUUCAAAUCUUGCGGCUAUAUUCUUUUCGAGAUAGAUAACGAAGAAGAAAACGGAGACACAUGAAUUGUCUAGACUCGAUCGAGCCUUACGACAGCAUGCAUCGUGCAGUCCGAGCGGAAUUUGGUAUUUGAACCAGCAUACCAUGCAUUUAAGGGUCUGGGGUCAGAAGAGAGCAUGAUCUUUAGGGUCGUCAUUCUAAACCCGUCCUUCACAGAGACGAAUGGCAAUGGUUGCCCUCAGCAAAGGAGAUUGGUUGCCCUGUGGAACAGAAAGCCUCGAGUUAGUAAGUUAAAGGACUUAAUCUGUUUGUAUAAAACCCAGUUCUAUGCCCGAAGAUUUGUGUAAAUUUGUGACCAGAGGUUUACGUAUGUUUGCAUUACUCUCCAUGAAGGAGAGGCAGAUUAAAAAGAUGUGUCAUCCCAAACACCGUCUAAAAAGCAUUAUUAAUUUUACUUAACCUGUGACUUAGUGAAAGGAAUCAUAUUAACGAGCUUAAGCAACGACGGCGGCGACGGCAACGAGAACGGCAAAAUAGUAAUUGGCUUAACUUUGCACGUGCAUCACGCUUUUUUGUACAUUUCUUUGCCGUCACUGCACGACUAAGACGUGAAAAUUCCUAAUUUGACGUUUUAUGGAGGACCUGAACACAAGACAACGAUUAUCUUUUUCUUUUAGUGAAGAUAGAAAACAGGCCUUUAAAAUUCAACUCCUGAAAAAAUGCCACUUUGACAAAUUAAAAGAGUUGGAAUUAGAGUGAUGAAGUUUGUAACAGCACCAGCCUCGUUCCCAGUCGUCCUCGGCGAUUUCGGAUGUGACGUCACUUGUCAAGCUUGUCCGGAAAAUUCGCCUAUCGCGCUCGGUUCCAAGCCUCCCCUGGUCACUCGGAUAGCGCGAACAGGCCUGGGUACGAGGCUGUAACAGCACGAAUUCUUUUUGUGGGUGACGUUUUCGCUCCGGCCAUUGCCGUCCGGCGUCGUUACUUUAGCUCCCCAUUGUAUAUGCCACAUUUUUAUGUUAGGGAAUUCCUAUCAGUAAACAGAAUUACGCUCUAAAUAAAAGUUUCUGUUUUAUGGGUUAAGCAAAAUCGUUCUAUGACCGUUAAUGCCAAAGAAACUAAUCAGAGCGGAGCUCUACAAGCUUACCUAGCAUUACCUAGCAUAUUAUUUUCUUGCAUAAAAUUCAUAGAUGAUGAAAGGCGCUUGCGGUGCAAGCUCUUGGGUACUUUACUAAGUAUUAUUUCGGAAUGCAUAUUUUGCGAUCGGUUUAAACGCAGCUUUUCUAUUUUUUCGAAUUUUCAUGAUUGUUAAACGAAAUGUGUCUUAGGUUUCACUGACAAACGUUAAAACGCGUUGAUCCAACUGUUUGUUUUAAAGUCAGGACCUCAUUGUUCUUGGAUGAGAGUGUUCCUAAUGUCCAAAAAAAUUGGAGCGGUUAUUAGCAGUUAUGAUUUCAUCAAUUAUAGAGUAGGUUGUUAACCGCCGAGGCCAAUAAAACCCUCCUUGGUCUGCAUAAUUCUCAUCAUUCGAAAGCCGAAUCCAAUAAUUAUAUUAUUAUUAUUAUUUACUCUCAAUAGUUCAUACUUUAAGGCCGCGAGGGACGCGGGGGACACCUAUCUCUAAAUAAAUGCAGACAGCAAAAUUUUGCUCGUGCUAUAUCUUUUGAAACGCUCAUAUCUUGGUUGUUUUUAGCCUGCAGUGCAGGCGUAUUUUGGGUGGGCGAAACCUUGUUUGUGUUCGUAAUAUUGUUGUAGCCGCCAUCUUUGAUUUUAUAACAGUGGAAGAUUGGGGAGAGUAGAAAUAGUAACCCUUACGGUGGGUGCGAGGGCGAAAGAAGGAAAGGGGUGAGGGGGAGGGGGGAAAAAAUUUCUCUUCUCUCUCCCGCUCCCUCCCCGCUCCCUUUGACUCGCCCCAUCUCCUCCUCUCUUCGGGAAGUUUCAAAAUGGCGCUUUCACGAGCAAAUUGCGCGCUCAAAGAAAACGCCUGCACUGCAGGCUAGGCUGUUUUAGGGGUGAUUUAGAUAACAUUUUACAGAGACAUUGUGAAAUGAUGGAAGUUUAGGAGGGUUGUUUUUCAUUUGGUAGAUUGCGCUUUGCGGCAAAAAAAUCAAUUUAUUGAUUUAAAAAUCAUUGAAACAAGGUUUACGACCAUUCAGAGCCCCUUGUUACUUUUGAAUAAACGGAUUUUGUUCGCAGUCUCCGUGCCACAUUUGCACGUAAAUACUUUGAAUUAUGUGCUCGUUUUUUAUCCAGUUAUGAAUGUCUCGUAAACCUGUCGAUAUCAGUCGUUAUACUUUGUGCAUAGGCUUUAAAUAAAUGCAUAACAAUGAGCCCGAGGUGUCCCCCGCCUUUAUUUGUCUGUUCCUUGGCAAAGUGAGGAUAUAAAGUGAAGCUUAGUCUAUCAGAUGUUCUUCAAAAAUUAUUUUUCAUCCAUUGAAUUGUUUUGUUUGUUUGUUGUUGUUGUUUUUUGCAGUUUUGCUAUUUUUUAAGGCAGAAGUUAGACUACGAGUAGUCCCCCAUUUUGUCCACGCGAGAAAGGCGACAU